AUGCCUAUUCCUGAGUCUGAAUACGUGAGCUCCGUCUGGAAGGACGGCAUCUUCAAGGAUCGCGUUGUGUUUGUCACUGGCGGAGCAGGCACCAUUUGCAGUGCUCAGACGAGAGCUCUUGUCCGGCUGGGCGCGAACGCCUGCAUCAUCGGCAGGAACGUGGAGAAGACGGAGACUGUCGCCAAGGACAUCGCGACUGCCCGCUCAGGUGCAAAGGUCAUUGGUAUUGGGGCAUGCGAUGUCAGGAACCCCAAGAGCUUGCAAGAUGCAGCCGAUCGCUGUGUCAAAGAACUGGGUGCCAUUGAUUUCGUCAUUGCUGGAGCCGCGGGAAACUUCGUUGCUCCCAUCUCUGGCAUGAGCUCCAACGCUUUCAAAGCAGUCAUGGAUAUUGAUGUCCUGGGCACCUUCAACACGAUCAAGGCCACCGUGCCGUAUCUGGUCGAGUCAGCCAAGAGGAAUCCCAAUCCGAGCACGAAUGGCUUGACCGGCGGAAGGAUCAUGUUCGUGUCGGCGACGUUCCACUACACCGGCAUGCCUCUCCAGGCCCACGUGUCUGCGGCGAAAGCUGCUGUCGAUUCGCUCAUGGCCUCGGUGGCGCUUGAAUACGGUCCCUACGGCAUCACAAGCAACGUGGUGGCUCCUGGCCCGAUCAAAGAUACGGAAGGGAUGCAGCGACUGUCGAGCAGCUCAGUCGACAUGAAGGCUGCGGAGGCUGCCAUUCCCCUCGGUAGAUGGGGUCUAGUCAGGGACAUUGCUGAUUCGACCGUCUACUUGUUCAGUGACGCAGGAAGUCUCGUCAAUGGUCAGGUCAUCCCCGUCGACGGUGGUGCAUGGAGGCGGUCUGGAAGCACGGCAGUCGGCCUCGACGACCAUGUGAAGUACCCUGACUUCAUCCUGUCAGGUUCUUUCUCCAAGAAUGUCAAGAGUGGGCGUAAGGGGGAGGCCAAGCUUUGA